GCAGAGAAGGUUCCAUUCCAUUCCCAUUCCUAUCCCGAAAGCUCCCAAACCCUAGCCGGCGAGCGACACCGCCGGGCGCGCGAGGCGGCGGCUCACGAGCAGCGCCACCGAGGGCGCGAGCGGCCGGCCGGCCGGACGCCGGGGAGAGUGCCGGUGAGUUCGCGUCUCCCCGCAGCGGCAGCCAGCGAGACGCGGAGCGGCACGAAGACUUCCAGGAAAACAUUGGUAGAACUGAAGAAUAGACAGAUAUGGCUUCUGGUGGCAUGAAGGACUUUUACCGGCAGAAGAAGAAAGGAGGUCCCACCAAAGCAUCGUCAUCUUCCAAGAAGAAAACACAGCAUUACACUGGAGGGGCCUCUGUUGGGGCCUCAGACACUGCUCAGACAUCAGCACUAAUUUCUCAUGGUAACCUAGAUCUUAAAGAUGAUUUCAGUGAGCAAGAGGAGCAGUUGCGACUGUUUGAUAUGGACAUGAAGUUUGGCCCUUGCAUUGGCGUUACUCGUCUUCAGCGUUGGGAACGUGCUUCUGCCAUGGGUCUUCACCCACCACCUCAUCUCAGGGAUCUCUUACUGAACAAUACUCAUGCAGGCAAUCACAAUAACAAUGGUCCCUCCCUUGAGUGCCUCUGGGAGGGCAAAGUCUAGAACAAACAAAUAGUCUGUACUACUGUAAAUCCUGCACUGUUCAUAGCUACUCGCUAUGCCUAGCCCUUCAAACCCCACCCCAACUGAUGGAUGAAUCCCUGUAUUUCUUCUUAGUCGAGGGCUUUGGGCUCAGUCAAUGACCUUGUGUUGUCGCAAUCCUUUGUUUCUGCUACGUUUUCUGACAAUACUGCAGUGUUUCUUCAGUUUGUUCUUAAUCCUAAGCUGUUACUAGUAAAAAUAAGGAGAAUGAGCUGGCAGUGUAUCUCCAGUUUGCCCCAAAUCCAAUGUUUGCCAAAAGGAUAAUGUAACUGCUGGUGAUUGAUGCGAGAAAAAGGAAAUAUGGAAAUAGCCAAUUAAGUUA